UCUUGCUGCUCGCGAAACGAGACACUCGUGUCUCUUCUGCCUUAUCGCUCGCGACGCAGUCAUUAUGCUUUAGCUGGGAGUUGUGUACUUCGCGUGAUUGCCUGACAGCCCUGAACCCCGCCCAGCCCUCCCGAGGUCGCUCCUUCUGUCGCCCACCAAUGACACGCGACAUCAACAUUUCUUCGUACCCAGGACAAUUGCUAUCAUGAGCGGCAUUGAGGUCGCCGGUCUUGUACUUGGCGCUCUACCGCUAAUUAUACAAGCAAUAACGUCCUACAAGGAAGGACUCGAUCCGAUCAAGGGCUUUUUGAAAUGGGACAAGGAACUGCCCAAACUCAUCAGAAAGCUAGGGGCCCAGCAUGAUCAGUUCAACCAAACGAUCCAGAUUCUGUUCGGAUCCAUCACGACGGACGCAGAAUGGCUGAAGAUGACAACUGAUCCUAGGGCUUCACUGGAGCUAUGGAAGAGCAAGGAAACGGCGCUUCAGGAGAAGCUUCAAAACACGUACAAAUCCUACCAGAAUACCAUGGCGGAGAUAGAAAGGAUCAUGACCAAGAUCGCAAGCAAACUGGAUCUGGACAAAGCGGCUGAGCUUACACGGAACGAUCUCGAGGCAAUCCUCGCCGCACAUCCCAAGAAAGCUGACGACACAUUCGAAUUCGGCAAGCGCGUUAAAUUCGCCAUGAACAAGAAGAGCGUCAAAGGACUUCUCGAUGAACUCGACGAAUGCAAUCGACAACUAGAAAGAUUCACGGAAAAGAGCGAGAAGAUAGAGACAUUUCACAAAGCCACAAAGCCGUCGUAUGCCACGCGCUUGCAGAAGCUACAACGAUACGCUAAAAUUUUACACGAGUCGCUCAACUUGUGCUGGUCGUGUGCCUGCAAGUCUUCCCAUACGGCGAGUCUGCAGCUUGAGCCGCGAGAGAGCAUAUUUGCAUCACGAUAUCACAAGACGUACAGUUCGUCGUCGAAAACAUGUUUCAACGUUUCCUUCUCAACUGUCUCAUCGGAUAGCCACGGAUCGUCCUGGUUGUUCCAAGCUGCUGAGAUUCAUGUGGACGAGGAGGAGGAGGAGGAGGAAGGUUAUCUCACACCGAUGCCCUCCCCAAAACCGAGGGUAACAAAAAGUGUCAGCUUCGGUUCGCUUCCUCCGUAUGCAGUUCUGGAUCCCGCAACAAGUUCCUUGCCUUCUUACGAAGAAGUCAACGACUUAUGUGCAUCGAUCCAGCAACUACACAAGACGUCUUCGACUAUUGGCUUCUCUCUGAACACCAAGAGCAAAUUGCGAGGCGCCUACUCAGUUGACAGCGCAGACGCAUACAUACCCAGCACAGAAUUGAUAUCGCUCGAAACCCUCCUGGAGCACCCUCCUAUUAUCAACGGAAGGAAGUCUAAGCUAAGCAAGAAGGAAAGGUAUAGCUUAGCUUUGACCCUAGCGUCCAGCAUACUCUACCUGAACUCGACUCCAUGGAUCGCCAGUAAGUGGACUGCGCGAGACAUCUUCUUCCAUCGGACAUCGGAUCCCAAUCGUCCAAUCGAUGUCACACGCCCAUAUCUCGCUCCAAGCCUUUUCGAUAUUCCAAAAGACGGAGAGAAGAAACCGAAGCCAGUGACCUUUGAGAACAACAUACUACUGGCCCUGGCUGUAGCACUACUUGAACUUUACUUCGGCACCACUGCCGACAAAUACCGGGAAUCUGAGAUUGAAGACGAAGUCGCCAACGCACCAGUGCCAGAGCAGUGGAAAUUGCUUACAUUAGUGCACACUUGGUCACGCAAUGAGGCUGAGGAAAUGUCUGCUGCGUUCCAGAGUGCUAUCGGGUAUUGCAGCAGUCCUAUGGCUAGCUUACAGAACGCCGACUGCCUCCAAGCUGCAGUUGAGAAUAUUGUGCUACCGCUGCAGGAAGAGCUAAAUCAGUUUUUGGGAAAGACAUUGGGUUAGCGCGGCGCUCUAGCUAUACGAGCAGAGUGGUUUCCACACAGCAUCAACAUCAAGGAUCUUGUCCAUGAUGCUGGCACCCAUCCAAAUAUCAGCAUAACGCAUCUCAAAAAUUGAGCAAAGCGAUAUGGAAAGGCACCAGAAGCAGACGGAGCCACGUCU